AUGGAUCUUAUCUUGCAGGACCUUUACAUAGAAGUAUCUCCAGGGACCUACUCUGUCACUGUGGGUUCAAACGACUUAACCAAGAAGACUUUUGUCAUAGCAGUUGAUUCAGGACAGGGUGUGGACUUGGGUCUUGCCUAUAUGAUAUUAACCAUCACCUGGGCCUCACAUCACCUCUUUUUAAUUAGCCAGAAGAAUGAAGCACUCUAUGAUUCUCUUAAUAUUUACACAUUAAUUCUUUGA